AGUUACUCUGUUACCGCAUCGACGUUAUCAAGCCACUUCAUGUGUGACGGCAUUUUUUUUUCCCUCUGUAACUUCAACUACUCCUCCACGUGUCUUUUCUGAAUCUUCCUUUGCUCCUCCCCACGCGACUUUCCACGUGCGUGGCGCCGCUGCACGACUCGUCUUCACCCGGCAGCUUAACCGCUCUCGACGUUUCCUCACCACCCCUUUCCACCUCUCUCAAGUCCCCUCCCUCUUUCAAGAUGGCCACUCCCCGCAGCGCUAAGAAGGCUUCCCGCAAGUCUGGCUCGAAGUCCGCCAAGGCCGGUCUGAUCUUCCCGGUCGGCCGCGUCGGCUCGAUCCUGCGCCGCGGCCAGUACGCGCGCCGCAUCGGUGCCGCCGGUGCGGUGUACAUGGCGGCGGUGGUGGAGUACCUGACCGCUGAGCUGCUGGAGCUGUCCGUGAAGGCUGCUGCGCAGAGCGGCAAGAAGCCCCGCCGCCUGAGCCCGCGCACCGUGACGAUGGCGGUGCGCCACGACGACGACAUCGGUUCUCUGCUGAAGAACGUGACGGUGUCGCGCGGUGGCGUUGUGCCGAGCAUCAACAAGGCGAUCGCGAAGAAGAAGAGCGGCAAGAAGAGCAAGGCCACACCGAGCGCUUAAGCUCCUCGCUUGACGGUUGCGCGUUCUCCGUUCCACGAGCGUGCGCCUCUGACCGGGCGAAUGCUUCCAUAGAUACACUCUUUUUUGUAUUUGUUUUCAUCUGACAACAUCUCUCUCUUUUCGUUCUCUCUCCUCAACUAAAGGGUUUGAGUCAGGGUAGGCCCGGACCCC